GUGACAUACAUUGAAUGUCAAACAGGCGUGGUAAAAACACGCGUAUAGUUGAGGUUAUUUAAAAGUUUUAUAAGUUUCUAAUUUACAAUCUGUGAAUUAACAUGUCGUUCCGUGGUAGAGGAGGCGGCGGCGGUGGUGGGCGAGGUGGAUUUGGUGGUCGCGGCGGUGGCGGAGGUGGCAGAGGCGGCCGCGGCGGCUUUGGGGGCGGCAGAGGAGGCCGCGGCGGCGGCGGUGGCGGAGGCUUUAGGCAGUAUCAGGAACAAGGUCCCCCAGAAUCUGUCAUACACCUAGGCCACUACGGCUGGACGGUGCAAGACGACCUAGUCUGCAAAGUAGAUAUUGAGGACGUGCCGUAUUUCAAUGCUCCCAUCUACCUCGAAAACAAGGAACAGAUCGGUAAAAUUGACGAGAUAUUCGGCAAUCUGCGCGACUACUACGUAUCGGUGAAGCUCGGGGAGAACAUCAAGGCUAAGAGCUUCAAAGACGGACAGCAAUUUUACAUAGAUCCUGCGAAAUUGCUACCACUGAAGAGGUUCUUGCCACAGCCUCCUGGUGCGAAGCGAGGCGGAGGUGGUAGAGGAGGCAGGGGAGGGCCCCGGGGCGGUAGAGGCGGAGGAUUCGGCAGGGGUGGCGGUGGCGGCGGAUUCGGCAGAGGCGGCGGAGGAGGUCGUGGCGGAGGCCGAGGAUUCGGUGGCGGCGGCGGCGGAUUCGGCAGAGGCGGCGGUGGCCGUGGUGGCUUCCGAGGCGGCCGCGGGGGAAGAUAACAGGCACAGACUGAUGUGUGUGAGAGUGCAUACUGAGAGUUUACCAUGAGCCCUCCUCACUGAAGGAUUAUAUUGACUUGUUGAUAAUUAUAAGAUUUAAAUAAGUUUAGUAUGUAUGUUAGGUUAAGUAAGACAUAUUUUGGAAUUAAAUAUAAAAUAAGGUGUA